UUGAUUUUUAAAGAGCCCAGCAUCGCCAGAAGAGACGAAGAGGAACAACAUACAGGGGCUAGGGAAGAAUGUCCGUUUCUUCUCGAUGGGAGCGCCUUGAUUUCGUCGUCAGUAGCUGGGCACAGCGCGGCAUGGCGGGAGCUCUCAUCGUUUGUGUAGAUUUUCGUUCGGAUCUGUGCGGGAUCGCGGGCCGGACGAGGCCCCUCGCUCGCGUCAUUCGCUCGCUGGUCUAAGCCGACCUAGGGGACUGGGAUCGGCAGUAAUCUCUGCUGCUCGGCCGCGCGCUCGAUAUUUUGGGCGCUUCCUUUCAGCGAUCAAUCGGUCAGUCGUCGAAAUCGAUCGCCAUGGUCGUGGUCACCGCGGGUCGAGGCUGGGCGUAUUUCGAUCCGGAGUAUGAGUCGCUCAACGCGAGCUUGAAUCCACCGAGGGUCGUGAUCGAGAAUGCGGCAUUUACAGGUGCGACGGUGAUCAAGCUGGACAGCGUCAAUCGCCAUGGAAUCUUGUUGGAGGUUGUCCAAGUCUUGACUGAUCUCGAUCUCUUCAUCAGCAAGGCCUAUGUUUCGUCCGACGCUGGCUGGUUCAUGGAUGUAUUUCACGUAACCGAUAUCGACGGGAACAAGAUCACCGACGAGGAAGUUCUCAAGUUCAUCCAGGAGUCGCUGGAGAAGAAAGCGGCAGAGAUGCCUUGGAUUGGAUCCAAGUGCUCCAAUCCAUCAAAGGUAUGCUCCGCUGAGGGAGGAGAGAUCACCCGCGUCAGCCUGGGAACAGGUCCUCACCAACACACUGCGAUUGAACUUUCAGGCCCCAACCGACCAGGCCUGCUGUCCGAGGUCUUCUCAACGCUCAGCAGCAUGAACUGCAACGUCCGCUCCGCCGCCGUGUGGACACAUAACCUCAGAGUCGCCGGCAUGAUCUUCGUGGAUAACGCUUGCAGCAGCGGUGGCCCCAUUGAGGACUGUGACAAACUUAAAGACAUCAAGGACCGGCUGUGCCGCGUGAUCCGUGCCAACGACGGCGAGCGAGGUGGCGGUGCCGGCAGGACGGCCGAAUUUUUCUCGGGUUUGACACACAUGGAGCGGAGGCUACACCAGAUGAUGUCCGCUGACGAAGAUCACUGCGGCGAAAGUCGCGAGCUCGAGGGACGACUUUGCGACGAGACGGAGCAGCGCACGGUAAACGGGAAAGGCAGACCCACUGUUACGAUCCGGAACUGCGUCGAGCGGGGCUACUCAGUAGUGAACAUUCACUGCCAGGACCGCUCCAAGCUCCUCUUUGACACUGUUUGCACGCUGACAGACAUGGACUACAUGAUCUUCCACGCCACCAUCCUCUCCGAGGGGUACUUUGCCUAUCAGGAGUUCUACAUUCGUCACACUGACGGCUGCACGCUGGAGACGGACGACGAAAGGCAGCGGCUCAUAAAGCGCCUGGUUGCCGCGAUUCAAAGGCGAUUCCCUGAGGGGCUGCGGCUGGAGCUUUGCACCUAUGACCGGGUGGGGUUGCUCUCGGACGUGACCAAAGUCUUUCAUCGCCACGGCCUGUGCGUCACCCGGGCCUACAUCUCCACCACACGGGCCGGCACGGUAGCCAACACCUUCUACGUCACGGACGCGGCCUCCGGCGACGCCGUGGACAUGAGAACCGUGGAAGCCAUCCGCGAGGAGCUCGGGCAGGCCAUGCUCAACGUGAGGAGCGCCCCGGUUUGCCCCCAGCUGCUCGGCCUCGACGACUCGCCAUCGCCAAGGUUCUCGCUGGCGGCCUUCUUUAAGUUACACUCGGAGCGCAUUCUCUACAGCCUGGGCCUCAUCACCUCCAAGGACUCGGCCCCUUCCACAUCAAGAGCAGCGGCCUUGUAAAGAGUUUCGUUUGCUCUUGUCGACUGACCACCACCCGCGAGAUUGUACAGACGCAUUAUACCACCAUCGCCAUCGUCAUCAACUUCGCUUGACAAGGAUCUUUACUUCCUACACACGACGAUAUCAUUCCUCGAGUUAGAUCCACACCAAAGCAAGACAAAGAAAAUCACUACCUAUAGAAGAGAUAGAUCACUGUAACAUAUCCAUUUGCUCGUUCUAUAUCAAAAAGGUUGUAGCUACUCUAGCUACAAUAUACUUAA